AUGGCGCGCGUCUACGCAGAUGUCAACCAGAACAUGCCCCGCAGCUACUGGGACUACGACUCUGUCAACAUUAGCUGGGGCGUCCUGGAGAACUACGAGGUAGUCAGGAAGAUCGGCCGGGGAAAAUACUCGGAAGUUUUCGAGGGUAUCAACGUUGUCAACUACCAGAAAUGCGUCGUCAAGGUCCUCAAGCCUGUCAAGAAGAAGAAGAUCAAGCGCGAGAUCAAGAUUCUCCAGAACCUUGCCGGCGGCCCGAAUGUCGUGGCCUUGCUUGACGUUGUCAGGGACUCGCAGAGCAAGACGCCGUCGCUCAUCUUCGAGUACGUCAACAAUACCGAUUUCCGCAGCCUGUACCCCAAGUUCAACGACCUCGAUGUGCGGUUCUACAUCCACGAACUCCUCAAGGCCCUCGACUUCUGCCACAGCAAGGGCAUUAUGCACCGCGACGUCAAGCCUCAUAACGUUAUGAUCGAUCAUGAGAACCGAAAGUUGCGGCUCAUUGACUGGGGUCUGGCCGAGUUCUACCACCCUCAGACGGAGUACAACGUUAGGGUCGCUUCUAGAUACUUCAAGGGUCCCGAGUUGCUCGUCGACUUCCAGGAGUACGAUUACAGCCUCGACAUGUGGAGCUUGGGCGCCAUGUUUGCCUCCAUGAUCUUCCGCAAAGAGCCUUUCUUUCACGGCAACAGCAACUCGGAUCAGCUCGUCAAGAUUGCUAAGGUCCUUGGCACGGACGAGUUGUUUGAUUACCUCGACAAGUACGAAAUCGAACUCGACGCUCAGUACGACGAUAUCCUCGGUCGGUUCCAGAAGAAGCCGUGGCACAGCUUCGUCACAUCGGAGAACCAGCGUUUUGUCUCUAAUGAAGCCAUCGACUUCCUCGACAAGCUGUUGCGAUACGACCACCAGGAACGACUCACGGCCAAGGAGGCUCAGGCCCAUGCGUACUUUGACCCUGUCCGUGACCCGGAGGUCUUCAAGCAGAACCUUGCGAAUCCGAACGGAUCUGCUUACAAGUCGUCAUGA